GGUUGCCAAGGGUGGAAACUGGACUUUUAAAGCUCCCUAGCCUUAGGACGAAGUGUGCAGGUGGCAGCAGGGGGUACUCAGCGAGUUCAACUCCACUGAAGAAUGGAUCCCAAAACAAAGAAGGCGAAGACAUGUUGGAACGUCCCAGCCUCAACGAUUGCAGAGCAAACCUUCAACCCCAUCAGAAACAUCGUGGACAGCAUGAAGCUCACCCCCAACCCAGAGAAGGAAAUGAUCGCCCUGUCCAUAGGAGACCCAACAGUGUUUGGCAACCUCCCAGACCCCGAGGUGGCGGAGGAGGCUGUUAUUGCGGCUGUGAGGGCGCGGAAGUCGAAUGGCUAUGGCCCAUCUGUAGGCUGCAAGAUGGCGAGGGAAGCUGUAGCUAAGCACAUCUCGACCCCGUCGGCUACAGUGACAGCACAGGAUGUCAUUCUGUGCAGCGGCUGCUCCAGUGCCCUUGACCUUUGCAUCACAUGUUUGGCCAACCCUGGUCAGAACAUCCUCAUCCCAAGACCAGGAUUCUCCAUCUACAAGACGCUGGCCGAGUCCCUCGGGAUCAGCAUCCUCAUGUACGACCUUAUUCCGGAGAAGUCCUGGGAGGCUGACCUGGGUCACAUGGAGGAGCUGAUCGACGUCAACACCGCCGCCAUUAUCGUCACUAACCCUUCCAACCCCUGCGGCUCCGUGUACAGUCAGCGCCACCUGGAGGACAUAUUGGCGCUAGCGAACAAGUACAAGCUGCCAAUCAUUGCAGACGAAAUAUACGAGCAUUUUGUGUUCCCGGGCCUGAAGUACCACCCCAUCGCCUCACUCACAAAGGACGUCCCUGUUCUCUCCUGCGGAGGACUGACUAAGAGGUAUCUGGUGCCGGGCUGGAGACUGGGAUGGAUUAUCAUCAAUGACAGACACGAUGUACUUACUCAAGUGAAGUCUGGGUUGGUCCGCCUGUCACAGAGGAUCCUUGGACCCAAUUCUCUCAUCCAAGCAGCUGUACCAGAUAUACUAGAAAAGACACCUGCCUCAUUUUACCUGGAAACUCUCAACUACAUCAAGAGGAACGCCGAUGUGUUCUAUGAGCGUCUGUCUGCCGUCCCGGGGCUGGUUCCGGUCAUGCCGCAGGGUGCCAUGUAUAUGAUGGUUGGGUACGACAAGGACUUGUUCCCCGAAUUCAAGACAGACAUUGACUUUACACAGAGUCUGGUGACAGAGCAGAGUGUCUUCUGUCUACCUUCCACUUGUUUCCAGUACUCCAACUACUUCCGCAUCGUGUUGACCGUGCCCACAGAGAAGGUGACUGAGGCGUGCGACCGGAUCCAAGAGUUCUGCAGCAACCAUUACACCGAUGUGCUGAAUGGUGUCAACGGACACCAGCAUUGAUCAUGUGGUCUUCAUGCAUGGAGCAGCACUGUUCAAGCAUAGAGCAGCACUGUUCAAGCAUGGACCAGCACUUAUCAAGCAUGGACCAGCACUGUUCAAGCAUGGAUAAGCACUGUUCAAGCAUUGAUCAGCACUGUUCAAGCAUGGAUCAGCACUAUUCAAGCAUGGACCAGCACUGUUCAAGCAUGGACCAGCACUGUUCAAGCAUGGAGCAGCACUGUUCAAGCAUGGACCAGCACUGUUCAAGCAUGGACCAGCACUGUUCAAGCAUGGACCAGCACUGUUCAAGCAUUGAUCAGCACUGUUCAAGCAUGGACUAGCACUGUUCAAGCAUGGACCAGCACUGUUCAAGCAUGGAGCAGCACUGUCCAAGCAUGGACCAGCACUGUUCAAGCAUGGACCAGCACUGUUCAAGCAUGGACCAGCACUGUUCAAGCAUGGACUAGCACUGUUCAAGCCAUGAUAAAACAUGUUUAAGAAUGAUCAACGACUGUUUUGUAUGGUUUGGUCAUAGAUUCAGCUGUGAUUGAGCCUAGAUUAUGCAGUUCUUGAACAUAGUUUAGGCUGUGUUGGAGUGUGAGUUAAGACAUGUUUAUGCAUAGAUUAAACUGUGUUUGAGCAUAGAAUAAGCACUGUUUGAUUCUUGAUGGCACCAGUCACAGAUCUGCCAAUGUAUAGCUGUGGGGAUACAUGCAGACAGGGAUGUAGAUGGUGAAUGUAGUUUGGGGCAAUGAUCCUGCCAUGUACAAAGGGGUUUCCUGUACAGUGGGACAAUUCACUUGUUCAGGGAUAUUACUGAUAACAAAUUGUCUUUUUAGCGGCCUUUCUCCUGUGUCAUUACAAUUUAUAUACUACUCAAAAGAAGUUAAGGAUCACCUGAUUCUUUCAUAUU